AUGGCGAUCGAAGCCCCCGCUGAGGAGGUCGCCUACGUCGCUGCCCCGAGAGAUGAUGGCAAACCCGACGCUAUGUGUGUCGUUGACCUCAACAAAGCGUCUGAUACUUAUGGCAAGAUGGUCCAUAGGCUGGAGCUCGGUGUUCGUGACGAAAUCCACCACUUCGGUUGGAAUGCUUGUAGUGCAGCACUCUGUCCCUACGCACCACACCCUUAUGUAGAACGGCGUUACCUUGUUGUGCCAGCACUGCGGGGUUCUCAUAUCUAUAUCCUUGAUGUCAAGGAGAACCCGAAGGCACCGAAACUCAUUAAAACUUUGGAUGCCAAUGAAGUUGAGUCGCGAUCCGGAUAUACCCGUCCGCAUACAGUACACUGCGGUCCUGAAGGUAUCUACAUCAGUGCUUUGGGUUCAGCCGAUUCAGAAGAAGGUCCUGGUGGGGUAUUCCUCAUGGAUCACUACAACUUCAAUAUUCUGGGGCAGUGGGAAGUGGAACGCGGUUCCCAAUCCCUCUCUUAUGAUUUCUGGUGGCACUUGGGUUACGACAUUGCCGUCACCAGCGAGUGGGGAACCCCGGCGAUGAUUGAAAACGGCGUGAGCCUUGAAGAUUUAGGUGAGCGCAAGUUCGGACAUAAGAUCCAUAUCUGGGACAUUCGGCAUCGGAAGAACAUCCAAACGUUGGAUUUGGGCGACGAUUAUCAGAUGAUUUUGGAGUUGCGUCCAGCGCAUGAUCCAACCAAGGCGUAUGGGUUCGUCAAUGCCGUGCUUAAUAUGAACGAUCUCUCAAGUUCCAUUUGGACGUGGUAUAAAGAUGGAGACGAUUGGGGUAUUCGCAAGAUUAUUGAUAUUCCCGCACAGGUGCCUGAAAAUCCGGAUGCCUUACCUCCUGCCUUGAAAGAUAUUGGGAUGAUACCUCCGCUUGUUACUGAUCACGUCCUCUCAUUGGAUGACCGGUUCCUGUAUGUCUCCUGUUGGGGCACUGGGGAGCUGUUGCAAUACGACGUAUCUGACCCGUUUGAUCCGAAGCUUACAGGGACUCUCGAAAUAGGAGGGAUUACAAAAUCGUACCCACAUCCGACUGCUGGACCUGUAGGUGGUGGUCCACAGAUGGUUGAAUUGAGUCGAGAUGGCAAGCGUCUCUACUUCACCAAUUCCCUCUACGUUGCAUGGGAUAAUCAAUUCUACCCCGGUAGCGCGAACGGAUGGAUGGUGAAGGCUGAUGUGAACGUAGAAGAUGGCGGACUGGAAUUGGAUCCCGACUUCUUCGUGGACUUCGGCGAGAGUCGCGCCCAUCAGAUUCGGUUGCAAGGUGGCGAUAGUUCUUCCGACACUUUUUGCUACCCAUAG